UUAGGAGGUGUCCAGGAGUGCUGGAGUUAAAUAGCUCUCCAGGGAUAUCGUGGGAGCAGGCGGGGGUCCACGGGCAUUCCCGAGAUAGUCGGGGGUCCUGGGAGGUGAAAGGCACAGUCGGUGACCUUCGGAACUAUGAAAAAGAGUGGCCUCGGGGAUCUUGAGGGGAAUUCUAGGUCUUUGGUCGUAGGGGCCCGUGAGGGUUCGCUGAGAUUCAGGGUGGGCCCUGAUCUGCUCUUUUCACUCGCGCAGGCGGUGGCGGUCCCCAGCCCGAGGGUCCCAGCGUCAGACAGUUCCUGGCGCGGCUGGAAGCUCGCCCCCUGGCGGCCCGAGCUGCGGCCGACGUGGCGGCGCUGCCAUUAGCAUGCUGUAUUCUGCCGAGAUAGAGGUCACAGACAAUCGCCUUCCUAAUGCCAGUUUCGUGGAACAGCGUCCCCAGCAUCGUCGGUCAGAGAACAUGGGUAUACGUACCGCGCCGCCCCAAGCGACCCAGGGUAAGGCUCGUCCUCCUUUGAAGUCACCCCAGGCCUCUGGUCAGUUCUCUGUUGAACUCAUUCGCAGUUCCGCCGGCUUUGGCUUCACAUUAAGUGGAGGCCGAGAUGCAGGUGGGGAUGCUCCACUGGCAGUGCGCCGGCUGCUGAAGGAUGGACCAGCCCAGCGCUGCGGUCGCUUGCAGGCCGGCGACCUCGUGCUUUACAUCAAUGGAGAGUCAACUCAGGGCCUCAGCCAUGUUGAGGUCGUGGAUCGGAUUCGUAGAGGUGGUCCCCGCCUUUGCCUCGUGCUAAGUAGGCCUCCUGAAACCCACCCUGGCAAGCCUGAGGUGGUGGAAAGGCCCCAGAAAGAAGAUGAUCGCAUUCCAGAUCCUGGGGGACCAGAGAUGACGAAGACUCGCAGCGCCAGCACUUCCUCUCCACUUCAGCACCCACGACCACGUAUGACCCCCCAAAACCGGGGCAGUCAGGAGCCUCGCCCAGAAGGGGCGGCCGAUGGCCCCGCGGUUCCUGCUGCAGAGCGCCGCACGGAGGACCCCAACGACCAAACUCCGGAUUCCCCCGGACCGUGGCUGACGCCCAGCGAGGAACGGCUCUCGCGGGCCCUAGGGGUCCCGGGGGCCGCGCAGCUCGCCCUGGAGAUGGCAGCCGGAAGGCGGAGGCAUUGAGCGUGCAGCGGAAGGCUCACUUGGCAUUGCCCAACCUCCAUCUGGCGUGCUCCCCCCGCCGCUCACUUAGUAUCACUGGGAGAACUUCCUUGGUCUUGUCCCCCCCAUCCUACUUCGCAGUCGACUCGCCCGCGCUCCCCUCGCGGCGUCAGUGGUAUGGCCCUUCCCAACCGGCCUGCCCGGCGCUUCUUGUUUCGGGGCCGGGGAGGUAAUAAAAUGGUUCAAUCCAGUC